AGUAUCUUGUGUCACAGAAACCGCUAGAAUGAGUCUCACAGCCAAGGACAAACAGAUCGUGAAAGCCUUUUUUGGAAAGGUGGCUGGCAAAGCAGAGGACAUCGGAAAUGAGGCUCUCUCUAGGACCCUGGUGGUGUACCCCCAGACCAAGACCUACUUCUCCCACUGGAAGGACCUGAGCCCCGGCUCUGCUCCCGUCAAGAAGCACGGUCUGACCGUCAUGGGAGGCGUCCUGGAUGCCGUGACCAAGAUCGACGACCUGGCCGGUGGUCUUCUGAACCUCAGCGAGCUGCACGCCUUCACGCUGCGUGUGGAUCCCGCCAACUUCAAGAUCAUCAACCACAACAUUCUGGUGGUGCUGGCCAUGAUGUUCCCUGACGACUUUACCCCUGAGGUGCACGUGUCUGUGGACAAGUUCCUCGCCAAGUUGGCCCUGGCGCUUUCCGAGAAGUAUCGUUAAAAGGCGAGAAGAUACAUCCUCUCGGUUUUCUGUGUUGAUCAUAAAUGUGCACGUGUUGUAUGAUAU